GACCGACUGGUGGUAUGUCAUAAAAAUCGGAAAUGCCGAAACAUUAUAUCAUAUUCUGAAUUUAUAAAAUUAUUAAUAUACUACUAUCUACUAUCUCUUUUUAUUUAGAAUAAAAAUCAUUAUUUAUAUUUAGAUCAAUGAAAAUUUAAAACAAUAGUUGUAAUAGACAGAGUCGGCUUAGUUAAAUUUUUAAAAUAUAAUAAAAUUGUUUAUUAAUUCGUAUUAAUUAUUAUUUGAUCGAUUAUAUUAACAAAUGUAGUAACCUUAGAGAAAAAAGCUGCGCAAAAUCAAAGAAAUUAUACACGUAUAUACUAAAUAUGACGUAGUAGUAACUACCAAUGGAAAUAAUCCGCACCCUACAAACCCUAUAAGGAAGGUAAUCAAUUGUGAUAUUAAAACUUCGUUAGUUGCUUCAGUUUAGCGGUAGAAGUCACGCAAUACACAAAUUUUCGUAGCACGUGAAUGUUAUGUUUGAACCAGGUUAAAAUAACUAAUACAAAGGACUUCCUAGAAUGCCACAUUUCUGGGAUUUCGGAAAAAGUCCACCGAAAGAAAGAAACCUACAAGACGGUUUGUUUCAAAUAGCUUCCCAAACUUGUAAUUUAUUGGUACAGGUUAAUAAUACGAAUAAUAUUAGUUAUGGAAAUAAUAGUUCCAAUAUACAUCUUAAUAAUAUAUCUACCGGUGCGAGAAGUCGAACUCCUAGUGCUGCACCAGGACGUAGUGGAGAUAGAGAACAACUUCUCGUGCUUAUACCACCAAAUUCGGAAAGGGUUCAUAAAUAUAAACCCUCGGGGUUGUUGGGAAAACCCAGGUUAUCGACUGUUCUUGAAACGUCUCCUGUUCAAAAUGAAGAGGAUACAGAUAUUUGGAGUCAUGGUUUCAUGAUACCUUCAAAUGGGGAUGAUACACCUGAAAGAUGGUCAAAUAAAAAUAAAUGGUGCAGACCAUCAUGCAUACCAAUUUCCAUAAUUUGCAUUUUGAUCUUCCUCGUAGUAUUAUUACCUUUAUUAGAUCACGCUACAGAACGAAAUUUAGAAGAAUUAAACAGUUUUCAUGCAGAUAACUGUAAUAAUACUUGCAGAUUGUCGUUAACUGAAAGUAUUCCAGAAGGCUUGAUAUAUUCGAACGGUUCAAUCGUAUAUCCUUCCACUUUUGAUACUUGGUUAGAUUUGAUUAAUUCGGCUAACGAAUCUAUAGAUAUAGGGUCGCUUUAUUGGACUUUGAGACAGUCAGAAGUUUAUCCAGAUCCUUCUUCAUUACAGGGGGAAAAAAUCUUCCAGUCGUUAGUAAAAGCGGGCGUGGAACGUGGUAUUAAAAUCAGGAUAGCACAAAAUGCACCAUCGCAAAAUUUUCCCAACAUAGAUACCGAAUUGUUGGUGAAAAGGAAAGCAGCUGAAGUUCGUAGUCUUAAUUUUGCUAAAUUAUUAGGAUCCGGUGUUUUGCAUACUAAAUUAUGGAUCGUCGAUAAGAAACAUAUAUAUGUAGGUAGCGCCAAUAUGGAUUGGAGAUCCUUAACACAGGUGAAAGAGUUGGGAAUUACCAUAAGGAACUGUUCCUGUCUGGCGAACGACGUUCAAAAAAUUUUCGAGGUUUAUUGGACCCUCGGCGCCGAUAACGCCAAAAUACCACCGCAAUGGCCGUCUAACUUAUCCACGCAAUACAAUAACGAUACUCCGUUCAAUUUAAUGUAUGACAACGAAACUUUCCAAACAUAUUUCACCAGUUCACCGUUGCCUUUUAAUCCGUCCGGCCGUACGAACGACAUCGACGCCUUGACUCACGUCGUACUACACGCAGAAAAAUUUGUUUACAUAUCCGUUAUGGAUUAUUUCCCUUUGAUGAUUUACACUCCGAAAGUUAAAUUUUGGCCGGUUAUAGAUGAUGCUUUGAAAACGGCCGCCAUCGAAAAUAAAAUCAAGGUGAAAUUACUGAUAAGUUGGUGGAAUCAUUCCAGACCUUCGGAAGACAACUUUUUAAAAUCCCUAUCUGAUAUAAAUAACGCAUACCCUGGAGUUAGUUUGGAAAUACGUCGUUUUAUCGUUCCCGCUAAUAAAGAUCAACAAAAAAUACCGUUCGCUCGAGUAAAUCACAAUAAAUACAUGGUAACCGACAACACUGCCUUUAUAGGCACUUCUAAUUGGUCAGGGGAUUAUUUCACCGACACGGCCGGUAUUUCUUUCAUCUUGCACGACCCUGUAUUCGACAGAAACACCAAUCACACUACGAUACGUAGUCAAUUACAGGGGGUUUUCGAAAGGGAUUGGAAUUCACCGUAUGCCCAUUUUAUGAAUUUUUCCGAAUACGAAGAAACUUAUUAAAUAUACGACUUUUUUUAUUUAAAUAAAUCGUCAAAAUAAUUAUUAUUUAGAAAUUAAAAACAACAAUUAUUUCUCUCCUCGAUACGUCCCUGUUUAUAAUAAAUACUCGAUAAAGUGUCUAUGUCGUUGAUAGUUUCACUUUACAGAAAGAGGUCACUGUUUACCAUUCUAUGGAAUUUCUUCUUUUUUAAUUUUUUGCAGUUUCCUAUUAUAUAAAAAGGCCAUUUAUGUUAGUUAAAGCUCCGUUGUAUUACACCAGAGACUUAACAAGAUUUCUUUUGUUAAUAUUUGAUUAUAAUUGUUAGUUCUCUUUAAUACAAUAAUUAAAAAUGUGAAUUGAUUAAAAUUUACGGUAAUAUUUUAACAUUUUAAAUUAGGAUUUGGUGAACAAAAUGAAUUGGAUGUUAAACAUCUAUGUAAAUAUUUAACAGAGCACAGAAAAUGUCGCAACAAUUUUCAUAUGUAUGUGCCUUGAUUUGAAAUCUCUACAAAUUUCAUGUGAUGAAAUAAAAAAACAAUUUAUUUAGAAAUGAAAACCAUUAUAUAUAAUUCUAUUAUUCCAAUUUCGUCAAUAAUUUCCUCCUCGAUGUGUCCCUGUUUAUAAAUAAACAUCCUAUUAAGUAUCUAUUUCUUCUUUUUUGUGUAAAAAUGAUAAUUCUUGGUUGUAUUUUUUUCUACGUUUGUCGUUGAUAGUUUCACGUUUCAAAAAGAGGCCACUAAUAUAACGUUCUAUGGAAUUUCUUCUUUUUUAAUUUUUGACAGUUUCCUCAUUUAUAUUUUAUUUUACCAGGGACGUGACAAAUUUUCUUUGGUUAAUAAAUUAUUAUUUGUGUUAAUUACGAUUAUUAGAAUAGUUUAAAUGCUCAUUGAUAGACUUUUAUCUUAAUAUCUUAGCAAUUUUAAUUGGGGUUUAUUAAAAAAAUAUGGAUUUGAUUUCAAGCAACGAUGUAAAUGUUUCAAAGCACUAAAAAUGUUUGUCGUAUAUGUGUGUGCCUUAAUUUUGAAUAUUUAUAAAUUUUAUGUUAUGUGUUGUGAUAAAACAUUAGAAAGUGGAUGAUAUUGAAAAGUACCUCUAAGUUUAUAAACGAAAAUAAGGAAUUUACUAAAACAUUUUUAUUUUUACGAUUUUUCUUAAUUUGCAACUAAUAAAUGUUCCCAACAAAUUUAAAACAUAACCUCUAAUACCACGACAAAGUUGAUUGAUAACUCUAUAUUUCUUCUUCUUUUGAAUACACCAAAAGUUACACAAUUCUUCUUUUUCUUAAUGUUAAGUGGAUGUUACAACUUACCUAACUUUUCUAUACCGAAAUAUAUGACAAUAAAGUAUUUUAAAACCUCAUUAUGAUUAAUCAGGACCGUAAUAUAUUUUAUUUGAUUGAGAUAUUUCGAUUAAUUUCGUAAACUUUUAUGUUUUUCAACGAUUUAGUGGUACUUUUUCUUAAUCUAUCACUUUCUAUUUUGUAACUACGUUCAAGAUGAAAUAAAUUGUAUAAAACCUU